AAGCUGAAGGGUUACUUAGAGUGGUGUAAAACAGCGAUACGCUUUGCAAAACUAUCACAAUUCAUCAACUCGAACAAGGAUGUAGUCUUGCAGCAUGUUCCAGAAAUAAUAAAUCCAGACGAGCUCAAAUCUCUCUUGAAGAAAGAUUUCAAUACUCAUGCAGCCAAUAUACUUUCCACUGACGUUGGAAAUGUCAAUUGGGCGGAACUUGCUAAAGAUAAGCAAGCUUAUCAAGCUCAGAACAAUCACAAUAAUAGUGAUAAUCUUGAAGUCAGUAGUUGUACAAUCAUCGAGGAUGGUGGCAGCAUCAUGGCACACGACACAAAUUUGUUACAACCAUUGAAAGAGUACUUGGUGAAAAAGUUCAAGCAUAUUCUAUCUUCAAAUUAUUCUAACAUACUUGUGAUUUGGUCUGAUUUUCAUCCAGAAAAAGGAGAUGGACUUCAUUUGCCCCCCCUUCCUCCCGCUGAUACCAAUGGCCUUCAAAAAGACUUAUUCCGUGCUUGUUACGUCUAUCUACAAAUGGACAAAUUGACAAAAGCUCAAGAAAAACAUUUACAGCUUGCAUUGUCUGCUGUUGUGAAUACAUUGAAAACUGACAAGGAAGUCAACAUGAAGAAGUACAUUGGUGAAAUCACUUUCAGCCAUUUGUCCAAUAUGAUCAAGAGCGAGAAUUUUCACAACGAAUGUGUAUACAACGACAAAGCAAAUGAUGCUGUAAAGCAAAUAUUUAAGGAGUAUGAAGAGGGGGGUAUCAUGGCCGUACGAAUCUAUAUAUCUGAAGAAAAGAUCAAGAUGUUGAAAGCUGGAGAAUAUGAUGGAAGCUCGGUUGUAUUGAAGAUUUACGACAUCUUUUUAUAUAUAUUUGACAUGAUCCAAUUCGACUUCCAAAACAGACAUAGUUAUAUGAUGUCUGAGAAUGAAUCCUUUGCUCAGUGGCAAUAUGUUUUCCGUGUUCUUUUUCAGUGCACAAUUAUCCAAGUACGAACUAGUGAGAUCUUGUCCCAAGCCACAAGAGAAGAGAUGAAAGAGGAAAAUGGUGGUUUCGGGUGCAAAAUCGACAUGCUGAUAGUAACUCACGGAAAGGAUGGAGAAGAGAACCAUGAUAAAUUGGCGUCAAACGAACAUAAGAAAGCAAACGCUGAGCAUGAUCUCAUGUUCAAGCAACAGUCAAAAAGCAUCUUGUUGAAUAUUUGUAUACUAUCACAGCUGAAAAAAAGAUUUGGGGUGGAUAUAAGCGGUUCCAGUACUGUCACACCUCUGGCAGUGGACGUAAUGGGUCUUCGUGGCUACUUGUAUGGUGUCUACAAGCAUGAAGAUGUCUUUGUUGCUGCCAAGAAAUCCGACAAACAUAUUGUACUACCAAUGACGCUUGCUGAUUUUGAAGAGUUUUUUGAUACUAGCAGCAUCUUUCUAUUAUUAAAUUACAUAUAUUACAUCGUCUCAGCAGCUGAAGAAAUCUUGCAAAAUCCUGACAAGCAAACAAAAAGAAGAUUCGAAGCAAUGUUGGAUGAUGAAUACCCAGUUGACGACGAUCCUUAA